AUGAAGUUUCUCCAAAUUGACGAUCCUCGCGAUACGCUCCCCAUUAGCUGCAGACUGCUUCACUUGUUCGGUUUAGGUCGCGAUGAGCGGUUCAAGUGGCUCUUCUGGUUCCAGUGCCUUCUGUAUCUGGUGUUCAACAUCAUAACGAGGUUUAUCAUGGACAUCGAAGAUACGGUCACUCUCGUGCGGCUCGGUGCCGAAACAUUGUUCGUUACAUCGUUGUUCGCACAGAUGUUGGCGUUGUACGUGAGACGCGUCAACCUGUACGACCUAAUCGACAUGCUGCGGGAGUGCACAAGGGAACCGUGUUCGGAUGAGAUCUCAACAUUCUUCGUCCGCACGAAUGGGGCAUUAAACAAAUUCUCGAUAGCUUAUUGCAGAUACUUUAUGGUGGUGUUUAUACUCUACCAAACGAUGCCUCCGAUAGCGACGUGGGUGGUGUACUUGCGAAACAGAAGCAAACAAAAUGAAACACCCGAGGAGUACAUCAUACCCACCGAGAUGAAGUAA